AUGAAGUUCUUGGACACCAGCUCUCUCAAGUUCGAGUUCUUUGUCGACCUCCCGACCUCUGAGUAUGCCAUUUUUUCCCACGGGCCCUCCACACAGCUGGAGAACCCUGCAGAAUCCAUCGACGAGCGCGUGUUGAGAGCCUGCGAUGAGGCAAAAGCCCGCAAUAUUCGAUACUUGUGGUCUCACGACUUGUGCACAAGGCAGAACUCGCUUGAAGACGCCAUCGAAUUCGCCAACUCGUCGUUCCGGCUGGCAUGGAACGCGAGAGUUUAUUUGAUUUACCUGCAUGACCUCCUCCCCAAAGAUGCCGACUCACAUAAAAGAACUGUGCAAGGCGAUCUAUCCAAGUGCGUUUGGUUCACACAAAUGUGGAACAUCCAACACCUCGUGGCAGCCCAAGAUGUGGAGUUCUUCGAUCACCACUGGAACCUGCGGGGCACCAAGGCAUCAGGAUACUGGCCCGGAUUUCUUUCUCACGCAUCUGGUAUCGAUGAGUCGGUUCUUGCAAACCGAAACUCCCUGUUUGAUAUCCCUAUAGGAAGGCGGCUACCGUGGUCGUCGCAACGACAGACCUCACGACCAGAAGAUGUUGCCUAUGCCAUGAUGGGAAUCUGCGAGAUUGCACUCACACCCCGGUACGGAGAGGGAGGACGCGCUGCCUUCCAGCGCCUGGAAGAGAAACUCUUCAAGAAAACAGGGGAUUCGUCUAUUCUGACAUGGAGGAAACAAUCAGAUUCUCGAGCGGUCAGCAUGCGGCAUGCUCCUGUUCGUCCUGAGAUAAAUCCUCCGAAACGGCAUUCCAAGCGCUCCAUGGACGUGAUGUUGCAGCAAGACCAGCCGUUGGAGAAGUGUAGUCAGAGGUGCAGUCAAGGAGAUGACGUUCUGUUACUCGACACCCUUCCCGACAAGCCUAGGCGACUUGCAGAUCAUCAUCCGUAUCACUCCCUUGUUUCGGAACUGGCAACUAUCGGGCUGAAAGCGUGGGAGGAAGAGAAAGGCUCAGCGGCUGGUCUGGGAAGAUCGGAAAAUUCCGCUUCUGUCCAUAGCCAAUUCACCCUCUCUUUCCGGCCGCGCAAACGGGCGCGACGCGGCAGGCAGUUGGAAGACCACAGCACCUCCCACUCUGACGGAAGUUGCACCGUCGAGACCGAUUCCAGCGACUCUGACACCAUGGUCGUCGUACAGCACCGCACUCAUGCUAACGCCUCACAUUUACUUGCCUGCCCGUUCUACAGGCUUGAGCCAGCGCGUUUCCACAGCUGCAUGUGGCAGCUCGAGAUACACGACAUGCGCACGCUGAAGCAGCAUCUUAUCGUGGACCACCAUCUUCCCGAUUACUGUCCCGUCUGCUACGAGACCUUCGACAGCGCCGCGAGCCGUGACACGCAUAUCGUGGCGCGGUCAUGUAGUAGCCGAGAGGCGCCUGCCGGUAUGAUGCGAGGAGUAUCAGAAGACCAGGUCGAGAAGCUUUCAAGAAGCUAUGUUGAGAGAGGCAGAAUGGCCAGAGAUGUCUCCCGAAGAAGAUCUCGCCCACGACAGCGGAGGACUAUUACCAGUGAAGAGCAAGAGUGGCGCAGUGUUUGGGAUAUCCUGUUUCCAACGGCCCCACAGCCACAUUCGAUCUACCUGUCGGAGAGACAUGAACGCAAGGUAGUCUCACUGCGGGAGUUUUGGCACAAGGUUGGCCCGGCUAUGAUUGCGAACAUACUCGAGGAGCGAGGCAUGCGACGCUGGGAAGAUGCAAACGAGGAAUCCGACUUGGAAGCUUUGUUCGGCUCAGUUUUGGCUUCAAUGAUGGAGAACUUAAGUUGA